CGCGCCUGCGCAGUCCGCGCCUCCGCGAGGAGCAGGCAUGGCCGAGUCUCAGUUGCAGCUCGUGGCCCGGCGGGUCCGGAGCUUCCCCGACUUCCCCAAGCCCGGCAUCCUAUUCCGGGACAUCAGCCCCCUGCUGAAGGACCCCGACGCCUUCAAGGCUUCCAUCGAGCUCCUGGCCGACCACCUGAGAGAAAGCCACGAGACAAAGAUUGAUUACAUCGCGGGUUUGGAUGCUCGGGGUUUCCUGUUCGGUCCCCCUCUGGCCCAGAAGCUUGGAAUUGGGUUUGUGCCCAUUCGAAAGCGGGGGAAGCUUCCAGGGCCCACGGUAUCCACCAGUUACUCUCUGGAAUACGGCCAGGCAGAAUUGGAGGUCCAGGAAGAUGCCAUUGAGCCCGGCCAGAAGGUGGUGAUUGUGGACGACCUGCUUGCCACCGGAGGUACCAUGAGUGCAGCCUGCAAGCUGCUGCAGAGUCUCAAGGCUGACGUGCUAGAGGGCCUUACCCUGUUGGAGCUGACAUCCCUCAAGGGCAGAGAGAAGCUGGCGCCCAUGCCCUUCUUCUCCCUGCUGCAGUACAACUGAGGCCAAGCUGCCAGCCCCGGCCCCACUGGCAAGAAUUUGGACAGGCUUUUUAUCUCCGCUGGGAGAGCUGGGCUUGGAACAGCACAGCCAAAUACCUCCCACUGGACAGCUAUGCAAUGGCACCAUAAGCCAGCCAGCCUCCUGGAGAGGCACAGCCAGCCAGCCUCCUGGAGAGGCACUUCCUCCCAGCCCCCUCCCCAAGAAUGCAGCAUGCCCCCGGUGCACGCUUCCUCACACUAGACUCCCCCACCUUCCCCUGUGGAGAGUGGAAACCAGCUCCCAGAGAAGGGCACACCUGAGCAGUGCCUUCUCCAGGGCUGCUAAGCCCACUCUAGAUCCAAGUGUUUCCCAGGCCAAUCAAUUCCCAUUUGCUUGAGAGGUUGUAGACUUGCACAGCCAGUGACCUUAACCUCUCUCUUCCCCGGCCAGACUCCAAUUCUAGAGGGCCAAGGCCCCCCAGAGUUCUGACUGAGGAAGAGGACCAUGUUUGUGACCGGAAAAGCCAUAGCUGCUUUGCCUGCCCCGUCCAUGGCCCUGGCAGAUGAAGGGGACCACUACAGGCUCAACUCCUGGCCCCUCUUAUGUUUUUCAUUUUAUCCCAACCAAGCUUACUUCCCUAAGGCCCCUGGAAGGGCCGCUGCACAAGGAGGGCCAGCCAAGUGGCCUGGCCAUGCAGACGUGCCCCAAAGGGAGCCCUGCCACUAGGACCAAGAUCCCAAUGUCUGUGGGGCAGCCUUCUCUGUGCCCUUCUGAUUCCCAUCUGGUGCUGUCUGUAUUUGAUGGUUAAAACAGUUAAUAAACGCUGGGCGGGCACCUUCCUUCUGAGCCCACAAACAAA